GCAGUGUGACAGCAGGUGAGGAGAGGAAAUAUGGCCGCUUACAAAAUUGUGCUUAUUCGACACGGAGAGAGCUCCUGGAACCAAGAGAAUCGCUUUUGUGGAUGGUUUGACGCCGACCUUAGCGAAACUGGCCAGCAAGAAGCCAAGAGUGGCGGCCAAGCUCUUAAAGAUGCUGGUUAUGAGUUUGAUAUCUGCUUCACUUCUGUGCUCAAGCGGGCCAUUCGUACAUUAUGGAUAGUUUUAGAGGGCAUUGACCAGAUGUGGCUACCAGUUGUGAGAACCUGGCGUCUGAAUGAGAGGCAUUACGGUGGCCUAACAGGCCUCAAUAAGGCGGAGACUGCUGCUAAGCAUGGAGAAGAGCAGGUCAAGAUUUGGAGAAGAUCAUUUGACAUUCCCCCACCCUCCAUGGAUCCAGAUCAUGAUUAUUAUAGCAUAAUCAGCAAGGAUCGUCGCUAUGCUGACCUGACAGAGGACCAGCUUCCAAGUUGCGAAAGUCUAAAGGAUACCAUUGCACGAGCCCUUCCCUUCUGGAAUGAGGAGAUUGUCCCACUUAUUAAGCAGGGGAAGAGAGUGCUUAUUGCAGCUCAUGGCAACAGUCUUAGGGGAAUUGUCAAACACAUUGAAGGUAUGUCUGAUGAAGCGAUCAUGGCACUAAACUUGCCCACUGGCGUCCCUAUCAUUUAUGAACUGGAUAAGAACCUGAAACCUAUUAAGCCUAUGCAGUUCCUGGGAGAUGAAGAGACUGUGCGGAAGGCCAUGGAAGCUGUAGCUGCCCAAGGCAAAGCCAAGAAGUAAAUUGUUGUUGUUAGAGAGCAGCCAUCCUUUAGUUUACAUUUCCCAAACACCUCACAGCUUAGGGACUCUCAGAUAUAGUUGCACGUGGGUCCAUUCAGUUUUUUCUACUUUUUAUUUUUUUUUUUCUCCUAGAAAAUUCAGUUACUGUUUUACUGUAAAUUCCCUUUGCCAUAGGUUAUUUACAGUUGCAAGGCCAGUCCAAAUUAAAGGUUUUUAUCAAAUUAGGUUUUUAAAGAGAGAACUGGAAUACCAUAUUUCUCUAUAAAUGCCUGCCCCUUUACUACGGAAUUCUAUAUGACUUUCCAUUGGCUGUUAAUAAUUCAUAUAAUUAGAUUGUGACCAAGCACUUAACGGUUAUUUAUUUACUUUUCACUAGUGCACCUUUUUGGUUUUGUAUUUUUUCAAGAGAAACUGUACUUAUAAUUAGGUUAUAAUUUAAUAUUUUUAUUGAUUUGACACUGUAGGCUAAUACCGUAUGUUAUAUGAUGUAUCUGGGACUUCAAGGACAAGUUAGGUCAAAUUCCAGUGGGUGUAAUAUUAACUGAGAGAUUACUAUUAACUCAGAUCACUGGUUUGAGGAUCAAGCGUACGCCCUAUGAACCAAUGUAUUUGGGUCCAAAAUAUUGUCCGUUCUGGCUAAUGUGCAAACUGUUUGUUGUAAUUUGUCCAUAAAAUGAAACUGUUAUAAUGAGAUUAAUCUGCUGAAAUCAAUGGUUGCUGACCACAUUUAGGUUGCUCCUAGUAUGGUAAAUACUAUAUAGUAAAUAUAUGUAUGUAUAUAAAAUAAAUAUAUAUAUAUAUAUAUAUAUAUAUAUAUAUAAUAUAUAUAUAUAUAUAUAUAUAUAAAUUAUGCUAUACUAGUAAAUGCAACUCAUCAGAGAGCACUGGUCCUUUCUGUGUCCCACCCCUACUGGCCUUUCUAGAUGGCAUCAGUGGUCUCUGCCCAUUCAGUGCUACCAUGUUUACUGUAGCUGUGUUUUCCUGAUAGAGGUACCUUUUUCAGGAUCAUUACAAUAAAGGAGUGAUGUGCAAUGAAA